AUGGGUGUUGACGAAACGUCGCACCAAAAGCAAGCCAUGGUUUACAAAAGAGAAAGAAUGCAUGGUAGUCCUGAGUGUUCUGCAAGGGAGCCACUGCAGCGGAGCUUUCCACGGCGUCCUGAAUGUGAUGACAACGCUCAGAGUGACUUGCCAGGCUUGUGGCCGUGUGUUAAUCGAACGGCGACACCAAGCUCAGGCCAUUACGACUGUAGGAGCCAGCCAUUUGAGCAUGAACAUUUAGGGUUGGAGAGACGACAGAAAACUAGCACCCAUGCCCGCUCGCCUCUUACAGCUGCCUCUCAGCCAAGAAAUGACUUCUCACGAUCAGGAUCAUGUGGGCUGAGCAGGGCUUCAUUUCCCACUGCUGAUGUACUGUCUACACCUACCUCAAGGCCCACAAGCAGGUCGGUUUCAACCAUAAAUGGGCCAUCUGAUUUUGAACACCAGGUCUUCAAGAUCUUGCAAACAAUUUUAAUGAGGGUUGAGCACCAAGGGCGCCAACUUGAUGCCAUUGCACAACAGCUAUGCAGUGGCCCUGUGACAGUUGGGCCCGCAAAGGAUGUGGUCCCAAAACCAUUCGAGGACAUCGAGGCAUUCAAAGAAUUUGAUGCCGAGAUGGCAUUCAAAGAAUUUGAUGCCGAGAUAUCAACAAAUGAAGGAACAAGGACACGCCUGAUGCAGCAAUUUCAUGGUCUUGGAGGCAGCAGCAUAGGACCCGCAACACGGCGCAUUUUAGGAAUUUUGCUAAGCCAAAAAGUGGCAGUGCAGUACAGUUGGCUUGGCAAAAAAGGAAAGAAAAGUUUUUCUGCACUGCAAGUGGCUGACACAAUCACAAGGGCUGUAAUGCAAAAUUUUCCCACAUCAAAAAGAAAUGAUGUCGAGAGUAUAAUAAAGGUGUGGCUGCGCCACUCUGGCGAAAAACUUUGAAAACAGCAGGCCAAGGCUGCCACAUCUGAAAGCUCACUGGAUGUGAACUCGGAUUUCUCUGAUUAAAUGCCUGGAAAUUCAAGAUUUCAAGAGGAGUCAAUUUGCUCAAGAUUUAUUGCUGGCCUUGGCAGGUGCCACCAGUCUAUAAUAAACUCUAGUC